CACAGCGCGCUUGCGCCGCCACGGCCCCGCGGGCUCCCGGCUGCUCCGGUCUCGCCAUGUCCGCUUCCUCCUCCUCCUCCGCGGCCCCGCUGCGGCCGGUCACUCACCUGAUCUUUGACAUGGACGGCCUCCUGCUGGAUACCGAGCAUCUCUAUACGGUAGUGUAUGAAGAGAUCUGUGGGCGUUUUGGAAAGACCUAUACCUGGGAUGUGAAAUCCUUGGUCAUGGGUAAAAAAGCCCUAGAAGGGGCACAGAUUAUUCGAGAUGUUCUAGAUCUUCCAAUAACCAAAGAAGAGUUAUUACAUGAAUGUAAAAUGAAGCAGGAGAAGGUGUUCCCUACUGCUGAACUGAUGCCAGGGGUUGAUAAGCUGAUCCGUCAUUUACACAAACACAGCAUACCCAUAGCUGUUGCCACUAGCUCAGCUGAAGUGACAUUUCAGAUGAAAACAGCCAGACACAAAGAAUUCUUUGAUCUUUUUCAUCAUAUCGUGUUGGGAGAUGACCCUGAGGUGAAGUGUGGCAAGCCACAGCCUGAUGCAUUUCUAGUUUGUGCAAAGAGAUUUCACCCUCCUGCACCUCCAGAGAAGUGUCUUGUGUUUGAAGAUUCACCACUUGGAGUCAAAGGAGCCCUGGCAGCAGGAAUGCAAGUGGUUAUGAUUCCAGAUGAAAACUUAAAUCCAGAUCUUAAAAAGGAGGCAACACUACUACUGAACUCCAUGGAGGAUUUCAAACCAGAACUGUUUGCUUUACCAGCAUAUGAUUAAUGCCUAAUGUCUAGGACAUGCACUUGACUGAAGAUCGGGAAAGUGGAAUAAAAUUUUGUUAUGAUUUUAUGAUUGUUUUGCAUCUUUUCCUCUCUUUCUCAAAAUACAGCACAAAAGUCCUGUUAGCACCAAGUCUUCCACACAGUACCUUUGAAAGUUGGCUGGAAUGUUUAUGAAUUGUCUUAUGAUAAAUGAUAAAUUAAAGCAGCAUUUCAUCUUGUGAAGUGAA